CAACUUCGUGAGCAUCACCAAGAAGAAGUGAGAAAAGCAAUAGGAUGUGGAGAGAUUGCUACGGGGACUGGACUGAAUCAAGAAUUAUCUCUUCAAAGACCAGGUGACACUCGAUGGAACUCCCAUUAUAAAACAUUGUUGGGUUUGUCAAAGAUGUUCUCGUCGGUGGUUAAAGUUCUAGAAUAUGUUGAGAAAGAUGGCACAGAUACUGGAAAGAGGCGUCAAGCUAGAGAGAAAGGAUAAAGACAUUGUAAAUGCUAUUUCAGAUGUGGAAUCAACUAAACGGGAGUUAGAAAAGCUCAGAACCAAUGAAGGGUGGGAUUCUCUUAUGAGGAAGGUAUACUGUUUCUGUGAGAAACAUGACAUUCCAGUACUGGACAUGGAAGACGCCUAUGUUAACCCAAAGAAGCCAAGACAAAAGACCGGUAUUAACAAUGAACAUUAUUACCGUGUUGACUGUUUCUUUGCUGUUCUGGAUCUGUUAGGAGAAGAGUUUAAUGACAGAUUUAAUGAGGUAAAUUCUGAGUUGCUUCUAUGCAUGUCUGCUUUGAGCCCAAGUGAUUUAUUUUCUCGUUUUGACAAGGCGAAGUUGCUGAAAUUAGCUAAGCAUUAUCCCGAUGACUUUAAUCACCAAGAUAUGGUGACUCUUGAGCAUGAACUUGGUCUCUACAUAGAUAAUAUACUCCAUGAUACAAGGUUUUCUAGCUUGGACAAAAUAGGUGAUCUAGCUAAACUGAUGGUGGAUACAAGGAAGCACCUCUCCUAUCCUUUGGUAUAUCGGCUUUUGAAGCUAGCUUUGACUCUUCCUGUUGCCACUGCCACUGUUGAGAGGUUUUUCAGCUAUGAAGAUUGUGAAGAAUGCUUUGCGUAACAAAAUUGGUGAUGAUUAUUUGAGCCAUAGCCUAAUUUGCUUUGUGGAAAAGGGACUGCUGGACGAAAUUACUAAUGAAGUGAUUGUUGAUCGUUUUCAUAAGAUGAAAGAUCGUCGUGGGAAGAACGAAAUGUAAAGAUCCAAUGCCAUACACCUUUUGUGUGUUUACCAUCUCCAUUUGUAUUUUAAUGGCUAAUACUAAUAUGUGUUUUUUCUUCGCAGAUAACGGCAUUUAUAUUAGAAAUGAAUAUUCUCUUUUGCAAAGCAUGAACUGUUGGGAUAUGAAGUCUUUUUGUAGGCUCUGA